GAAUGAGUGGGCGGCGCGGACGGCGCAUGCGCGCUGGCACCGAGCUGGCCUUAGUUGGUGAGGUGCCCCGAGUGCAGCGACGGCGGCAGAACCCUGGAGAGCAGCUAAUGAUGAUUCAUCCAACACGUAGCUGAACCAGGCAUAGUCUAUGAUAGUUUAAUUGGGUCAGUACACUGAGACAUGAGCGUGCUUAAAUAGGGCCCAGGAAGGGAGAUUGCUCCUAAAGACACCCAGCUCAUUGGAACUUGUAGUGCAAGCUGUUGCACACUGUUACAAUGAAGGUAGCAGUAGAAGGUUGCUGCCAUGGUGAACUGGACAAAAUCUAUGAGAGUAUUCAGUUUUUGGAGAAAAAGGACAAUGUUAAGGUGGACCUCUUGUUGUGCUGUGGAGAUUUUCAAGCAGUCAGGAAUGAAGCUGACAUGAUUUGCAUGGCUGUACCCAUUAAAUACAGACAAAUGCAAACUUUUUACAAAUAUUACUCUGGAGAAAAAAAAGCCUCGGUUCUCACCAUCUUCAUAGGAGGCAAUCACGAAGCCUCUAACCACUUACAGGAGUUGCCAUACGGAGGAUGGGUGGCACCAAACAUUUACUACCUAGGAUAUGCUGGUGUGGUGAAGUACCGAGGUGUACGUAUAGGAGGACUAUCUGGUAUUUUUAAGCCACAUGACUACAGGAAAGGCCAUUUUGAAUAUCCACCAUAUAAUCAGCAAACAAUGCGGAGUGCCUAUCACGUCAGAAAUAUUGAAGUCUUCAAAUUGAAGCAGAUAAAACAACACAUGGACAUCUUCCUGUCACAUGAUUGGCCACGGGGUAUCUAUCACUAUGGUAACAAAAAGCAGCUGCUUAAGCAUAAGGCUUUUCUCCGACCAGAAGUUGAGGCCAAUACCUUGGGCAGUCCUGCAGCCACAGAGCUUCUGCAGCACCUCAAGCCUUCUUAUUGGUUUGCAGCACAUCUACAUGUGAAGUUUGCAGCUUUAAUGCAGCAUCCGAAGAGUAGUGGUGAGCAGCUGCCAAAAGCAACAAAAUUUUUGGCUCUAGAUAAAUGUCUCCCUCGCAGAGAUUUUCUACAGAUUGUGGAAAUAGAGCAUGACCCAAAUGCUUCUGACCACCUAGAGUAUGAUUCUGAAUGGCUGGCCAUUCUAAAAGCAACAAAUGAUUUAAUUAACGUCACCUCUAAAACAUGGAACAUGCCAGAAAAUAACAGUCUGCACGCAAAGUGGGACUACAGUGUGGCUGGAGAAGACAUUGAAGAACUAUUGGAAGAGCAAGGCCAUAACCUCCACGUCCCCAGUAACUUUAGCCAGACAGUGCCUAUUUAUGACCCAGCACAUCCACAGAGAUCAAGAGAACCUGUCCAUGUGAUUAACCCCCAGACAACUGAGUUCUGUGCCACCUUUGGACUCACUGAUCUGAAUGCCAAAAUGAAACAAAUGGAAAAUGAGGGUCUGAUGGAGGGAGAGGAGGAGGAUGAUAUGGACAGUGCUGAUAAUCCAGAGGAGCCCAGUGAUUAUACCACGGACACUUCUGGACUUUCUUCAUCCAUAAAUCCAGAUGAAAUAACACUGGAAGAUGAUGAUGAUGAUGAUGAUAAUGGAGAGCUCAGCACACAUUCCAUAGAACCAUCACCAGACCACCCCUUUACAGACUCAUCAGCAAAUUUCUCUGAUGUCAGAGAUCUCCCUGAUUCUAUGAUCGUAUCAUCUGAUGAGACACAGGACUCUGCAAAUGAGGAACUAGACAAGUCUGGAGACAGCAGCAUGACUGAGGGAGAAGGAAAAAGCACACGCACAAAGGCUGUGAAACGAAUUAGCAAUGAGCAUGAGAAUGGAAGCAGUGGAAUAAAACUAAUUAAGAGACGCAAUCAGAGUAUAUAUCACACGAAGAAUAAUGAGAAUGAAGAUAAUGAAUGAUUACACACGUUGAAGGGACACAACUUCAGGAGCAUCAGCUUCUGUGCACAAUUGAGUUUUUAAGAUUGACAGGCAUGACUAGGUUCUUUGUUUUAAAAUCUGGACUGCUCAGCAAACUACAUAACGAAACAUGCCUGAUUGGGGUAGAAAUAGUGUAGAAAUAUACCAAAUGUAUUUUUACUGUCAAAAAUAAAUUUGUGUACAUUGGUUCUCUAAUGAGUUGGUCCAGGUAGUGAUGGAGUAGUCAAAUCAUUUUAUGUUGUGACACAUGCUAUCCUUUUAAACAUAAGCCAUACAUAUGCAUACACAUGAAAUAAGCUAAAUAAAAUUAUUGUUUUUGUAAAUGUAGGUAUUAAAGUGCAACAUUUUCAAAAAA